AUGCCGUUUGGUGAAAUAGUGAUUGGUGCACCUGGAGCAGGAAAAUCAACGUACGCAUAUGGGAAAUACCAGCUUUUCACGGCGCUAUCGCGCCCUAUCGCGAUUGUAAAUCUGGAUCCGGCCAACGAAAGCCUACCAUACCCGUGCACCAUCUCCAUCUCGUCACUCGUCACGCUCCAGGAUGUAAUGAAUGAGUUUGGACUUGGUCCUAACGGCGCUAUGCUGUACUGUAUGGAGUAUCUCGAGGCAAACAUAGACUGGUUGCUCGAGGAACUGGCAAAGCUAGACAAUGAAACUUGGGUUGUCUUCGAUCUUCCGGGACAAGUCGAACUCAGCACGAAUCACGAAAGCCUGAAGAAGGUCAUCAAAGCGCUCUCCAAGAAUGACUUAUUUCGGUUGGCAGCUGUGAAUCUUUGCGACGCGCACUAUGUGACCGAUGCCGCCAAGUACAUUUCCGUUUUGUUGCUCUCCCUGCGGACAAUGCUUCAACUCGAGCUACCACAUAUCAAUGUUCUAUCCAAAAUCGAUCUUCUUUCUCAAUUCGGUGAAUUGGACUUCAACCUGGACUAUUAUACUGAGGUCCAGAAUCUUGCCUAUCUCGAAGAUUUGUUGCCUCAGGGGACGAAAUUUGCCGCACUGAACAUGCGUAUUGCCGAGCUCAUCCAGGAUUUCCCAUACGUGGGGUUUGAGACACUGGCGGUAGAGGACCGUGAUUCAAUGCUCAGAUUAAUGCGCUUGGUGGACCGCGCCACAGGGUGCAUAUUCGUUCCACAGUCUGAGCCUUCACCAGAGCCCAGCAGCGAAUCAACACCAAGCACACGCCGCCCUAAUAUCUACUCCCUCUUCACAUCAGCUGCAGGCUCCAUACCCGGCGGUGCAGGGAACGUGCGGGAUGUACAAGAAAGGUGGCUGGACGCAAAGGACGAAUGGGAUGCACACGAACUCGAACAGAGGCGCAGAGAGGCGCGAAUACUCCAACGCCCACAAUAA